GUCAGUUAGCCAUGCAGAUCAUCUCAGUUGUCACCCUGCUUUUGGGCAGCAUCUUUGCCUACACUUUGGCAGUGCCACAGUAUGGAGGAUACUAUCCUGGCAACAUUGCCGGACUGAGCGCAGCUCUGGCUCAAUUGGCUCAACAGCUGGCUAAGGAGCAGGGAAAUACCACAAUCACAGUGGGCAACAGCUCAACCAUUGUCUCAGGUGUAUCUAGCUCAAUUGCCAAUGCUCAUAUCGAUGCUGAUCGUAACCAGAACAAUGGUUGGGGCAACAAUGGCUGGGGCAACAACGGUUGGGGCUACAACAAUGGCUACUGGCGCGGUGUUCCCGAUGAGGAAGUCGAGUCUGAUGAAUAUGCUGCUGAAGAAGCACAACUCGAGGCUGAAAUCGAAGCUGAACUUAAAGCCGUUGAACACGAUGUAGCUGAAAACGACGCUGAGGAAGGCGCUGAACACGACGAAGUUGAAGACGACGCUGAGGAAGGCGCUGAACACGACGAAGUUGAAGACGACGUCGAUUCCAAGGAGGAAUAA